UUGUGUCCCACUAUAAGAUUCCGAAGAGAAACAUAGGAACCAGGUAACGAAAGCAAAACUUUCUCAAUAGCGGUAGUAGUCAUUUAUUUUUUACUUAGUUAGUUAGUUAGUAAGUUAACUCAAACUGGGAUGUUUAAUGUGUGAUAAUGGAGGACACGGCUAAUGACCAAAAUAUUCAGACAGUUAACGACAGUACAUAUUCCCAUGGGGACGACAUGGCCCACGAAAACUCGGACACAGAUGAGGAGUCGUUUAAACGCCCCGCAACCUUGACCAACAAACAGAGGGGGAACGAGGUUACAGUACGUCCAGCAACGCUAGAUUCUCUCUCAAUACACCAGCUGGCAGCUCAGGGUGAGGUUUCACAAGUAGCAGCACAACUCAGUAAAGAUGCUUCACUGCUCAGCAAGCAAGACGAACGUGGCUUCACACCUCUCAUGUGGGCAGCAGCGUUUGGAGAAAAAGCAGUGGUGGACUUUCUUUUAGAAAAGGGUGCUGACCCCACAACUGUGGCACGGGAAAGAGAGAGUGCCUUAACCCUAGCCAGCUCUGGAGGUUAUGCAGACAUCGUUGAGUCACUUCUUAAGCAUGGAGUGGACAUAAACACUUAUGACUGGAAUGGUGGAACACCGCUUCUAUAUGCAGUACGAGGAAACCACAUUAAAUGUGUGCAGGCACUUCUAGCUCAAGGAGCUGACAUGACCAUCGAGUCCGAUUCUGGAUACAGCCCAAUGGCUUUGGCAGUUGCACUCGGACACAAAAAGAUUCAAAAAGUACUGGAGAACCAUAUUUUGAAACUCUACAGGCCGACACAGACAUCAACAUGACAUUGGGUACUGUAAUUAAAAGCAACAGCCUUGUAUUCUGUAGUGGUCAGGAGAACUGGAUAUCUCCUGUUACUAUUUUUUCAACCAUGUUUGCAAUAAUAAAUGUAGACAUUUUUAAUAAAAAACAUUUAUUUUUU